CGCUAAUGUUUGAUUGCUGUUUGUUUACAUCACGUGAAUUGGGCAUUAGAUGCAAGAAGCAUCAAUUUCGGGUUGCUUAUCUCGGACAAGCUGCAAUCUCUCUCAUCUGCGUAUCCUAACAUAUGUUGUGGGAGUUGACAUAGCGCUCAUGCACCAGGACAAAGUACAGACUUUUAAGAAGAUUAUCAUGGCCGCCUCCCCUUUGCAAAACUCUUUUACUUCUUCAUUCUAUCGGUAGUGUAUGCACUUAAUCGUCAUAUAUUAUAUCGACUUUUCGUAUUCAGUAACUUAGCCUCACCUACUUCGUCCCUAUGUGUCUUUCGCAAUGUCCCAUGUUGCGAAAGGGACAUUGAACUAUCGUCAAAGUCAAUAUCGCAAACAGCAUAUACAAACCCUAUUUAACCACUCUAUUCAUAACAGGUUCGUUCCCAAGUAAACCCGAAUACUUCUUCGCCGUUGAGCUUGUUGCAUCCUCACAGGACGAUUCGAUCCGCUUUGGAUGCUGAAGUCGCUUGACAUCGCUGAUGUAUAGGUAGACGUAAAACUGUUGGUCGCAAGCCUCCCGACAAGACUUGCGACUUCCGUUGAUUCAAGUAUCAGACGAGAAAAGCAUCCCAGUCUCACCAGCUGGUGAAGUCGGUUGGAAACGUUGACAUUGCGGAUGUAAUCAAUCUUGUUCAAGUCCUGCGGUCAUGUCGGGACUGCCGGAAUCCACGGAUUCCGGGAGUGGGCUGCAAAAGUGCCAAGAUAUGUUCAUGACCUGCCAUGAGCCGACGAUUCGGCUCAGAACCUGCCCGCGGACUCUCUGGCCAAAGGACUCGAUCUCCAGGACUGGUCAUGGAGCCCCGUCGUACAUGACUACAAAGCUUCAAUCGCCCUGCAGAGAUACAUAGGUACGUUCGGGAUAUUAUCGAUCAAGGCCUUGUCAGACUGGAAUGCUCCGUGAAACGCGAAGUCAAAUCGGACGGGACCCUGUUCUGCAGGUGACUGACUGGCCGAGCUGCACUGUUGUGAUCCAGGCACAAACAACAAAGAUGCUGUGCCAGUAUCUGACUACUACCACACCUGCAUCGCAAGACCCCGAGACGUCAAAACGUCAAAGUUAAGCAGAGUGCGCCUGACAGAAUGCACAUUUCCGCUGCUCUCUCUCCAUCCAAUAGUCGCCAAGGCCUGGUCCCCAAGCUCGCCACUCGCGGCAGUACGACCAAAAUAUAUGCUGACCUUCAACAACCAACAGCUAUGGAAGCCGCGAUUAUUUCGCAGUCGCCGAAGUUGAUUCAUUUCUUUAUUGUCUAGCUCAGAAAUUCCACUUUUGCCAUCCCCUUGUCCACAGCUGUUUCCGUUGAGUAAUGAUCUCGCUAGCAAGACUUUUCUCCGGGUCGAGCCCGUUAGACUGGGGGGGUGGGGUAGAGCGGGCGUCAUUCCAGAGACGCCAUCCCAUUCGACUUCAAGAAGUAUAUGUGCUGUGACGCCCUCGUCCAGCAGAGUGACGCCCGCUCUUACAAAUCCAUCACCACGCCUUUUUAUCGACACUGCAUGAUAUGGCACCGUCGUUUCAAAUCCAUUCGUCUUAUUUUCCUCAUUUUUAUACAUUAAGAGGGACUUGCUCAUCCAUUCUCUCUGGAUAACAUCUUCUGUCUUUUCUGUCCAAAGAAGUGCACUCGAGUUAUUGGUAUAAAAUCUACUGAUACUGAGCCGAAAUUCGAAAUGGCUCUUGGCGACGGUCAAAAUACAGCUGUGACUGCAUCUUCUGACGGCCACAAAUUCGAGAUGGCAAACAACACAAACACUUCGUCACCUUAUCAAAAUUUAACAACAGCCGAAACUUUGACUUCAAAUCAUGAUAAUAAUAAUCCCGUCACUUCAAUGCAUGGGGAAGACGUUGCGAAUGCAAGUACUCCCAGGGGUUUCAGACCUCUGGAAAAUGAAAACCGAUAUCGGGGAGGAGAUUCUCCAGCGAUCGAAGAAUCUACUGAAGCCAUGCUCGAGCGCUUAGGACGACAGAGACCGGAGGUGUUUAACUCGAUAUGGGCAGAGAUUGGAUUUGUUUUCUCGAUAUCGAUGUCCCAGGUUCUGACGGAGUACUUUGUGUCUGGCUUUACUGUUAUCCUCCCGACCUUGGUCAAGGAUUUGAAUAUUCCCUCUGCUUCGGCAACAUGGCCGGCAAGUGCCUUUUCCCUGGUGGUUGCGAGCUUCCUCUUGAUUUUCGGCCGCUUGGCCGAUAUGUAUGGAGGCUUUCCAGUUUAUGUCUCCGGAUUCGCGUGGCUAACCCUCUGGUCACUGAUCGCUGGGUUUUCGACCAACGAUAUCAUGAUGAACGUCUGUCGAGCUCUGCAAGGCCUUGGACCUGCUGCGUAUCUUCCCUCAUCAGUGAUGAUCCUCGGUAGUAUCUACCGUCCAGGCCCAAGAAAGAACCUCGUCUUCAGCAUCUACGGAGCUUGUGCCGCACUAGGAUUCUUUGUUGGCAUUUUCUUCGCUGGGGUAACAGCUGAAUAUGCAACAUGGGGAUGGUACUUCUGGAUCGGGACAAUUCUUGGAGCUAUCACAGCAGUCACAUCCUACAUCACGAUUCCAUCUGACAUCGCGGAGAAGCGCAACGCUCCAGUAAAAGUCCGGAUGGACUGGCUCGGAGCAGUACUCAUAGUUUGCGGCCUUAUUCUCUUCACUUUCGCCAUCAUCGACUCCUCGCAUGCACCACAGCAAUGGAAGACUCCAUACAUCUACAUAGUCUUCAUCAUCGGGUCCCUCAUCCUCAUAGUUGGCGCCUACGUUGAGAUGUGUGUAGCAGAGGAACCCCUCCUCCCUGCCUCCCUCUUCAAAGUUCCUUGCAUGUCAGCCCUAGUCAUUGCCCUAUUCUUCACCUACGGCUCCCUUGGUGUCUUCCUCCUUUACGCAACCUUUUACAUGGAGAACAUUAUGGGUGCCUCACCCCUCCAAGUCGUAGCAUGGUACGUCCCCAUGGCUUUAGGAGGCUGCAUAAUCGCCACAUUUGGCGGAUUUAUCAUGCAUCUGCUAUCAGGAACAACACUCAUCAUCAUCUCCGGCACUUCAUGGAUCAUUGCGCCGCUCCUCUUCGCCAUCGCUCCCCAAGGCGCAAACUACUGGGCGUACAUAUUUCCUGCCAUGAUCUGCGCCACUGUCGGGAUAGAUAUAACCUUCAACGUGGCAAACAUUUUCAUCACGACGUCCUUGCCCCGCAAACAACAAGGACUCGCUGGCUCCGUUAUCAUGAUUUUGUUGCAUCUUGGCAUAGCGGUAUGUCUGGGCUUUGCGGAUAUUGUGAAUAGUUAUACAGUGGACAGGUUGGGAUUGCGGGAGAGCUAUCAUGCGGUGUUCUGGUUUGAGGUUGCGUGUGCGGCGACGGCGUUGGUUAUCUUGGUGUGCUUUGUGAAGAUUAGGAAGGCGGAGAGCGAAUUUACGGUGGACGAGAGAGCGGAGUUGGAGGAAAUUGCAAGAGCGAAUGGAGAGGUGGGAGAGGAGAAGAAAGACGUUGACAGACCGCAUACAGCAGCUACUGCCUGACGUUGGUAUUAUAGAUGGAUGGAGUUUUGGGUGGUAUGGCGCUCGUGUUUGGGUAAGAAGCAAUUCCUGUAAUAGAAGAGAGGAAAUCUACGAUAGAGAAGAGAUACCCAAAAUAUAUUGUUCUCCUUCCAAC